GCUCUUAUAUAUCACUUCCGCUUUGUUGUUGUGUUUGUACCCUGUAGCACCACCUGUGGGCCCCGUCGUUCCUUGUCAGAUCACCAUUGUAGAGAGGUUAUAUAGGUAGCAGUGUACCGACCAGGGAAGAUUUGAAACCCUCUGGAGCUUGUAACGCACUAAUAGAGAGCAGAAGGCUCGUCUUUGAGUCGAUAGAUGACAGCAGAGACGAAACGUCAGCGAUGAGACGGAGAUGGAACAAACACGUUUGUUAGUGUUAGCGCUGCAUAUCGCCAAGAAACCAGCGUCAUGUUACCGAUACCUUGCUUUCGACUCCCAGCAGGCUGCAGCUCGGACCGUUUAAGUUAAACGUCCUGGUAUUUCCAUUUGGACCCGGUGAUAUGCGAGGCUCCAGGAGGCGGUGAUGGAGCUCCAGGAGUUAGGCGGGCCGUGUCUGGUGGUCGUCUUUCUAGCCUCCUUGCUCAUUGUGCUGGCAUGGCUGUUCCAGUACUCCCAAACCGUUCUGCGGCUGUGGAGAGCCAGGAAGACAUCCAAGCAAGACAGGAAGGAAACUGCCUGGCAGCAGCUCCUCUUCGCGCAGCCCCACCGGAGCAAGGCUGGAGGUGUGUGGGGAUUCCUGAUGAAGCUUCGCUUGAGCAGGGAUGGAGCAUCUGCAUCUGAGGUCGGGGUUAAAAACCUGCUGACCUCUCUGUUCUCCUUCAAGUCCUUCAGCGAGUGCUGGCAGGGAGCAUGGAUCAAGGCUUUGAAUGAGCAAGCUUGCAGACAGGGGAGCUCCAUCCAGAUCACUUUUGACAGCAGUCUCCAGUUAACUGCUGCCUCUACAAUAGAUAGUGUGACCUGCACUGACCAAUCAGCGCACCGAAUGGUUUUGCAAUGUAAAUGUUUGGUGGACAGGGUGACAUUCCCCGUGACUGUCACCCAGCAGUCCCCCGCUGCUGUUUCCAUGGACACCUAUCAGAUUACUAUAGCACCGAUGAUGGCAAAGGUGGUGGUGUGUCUGGAGGAGGUGCAGGAUGAGGGUUUGCUGAUGUCCUGGACUCUAUCCAAGCUGCCAUUAUUUUCUCUAAAUGUGUCUCCAUGCAAGCUGCAGAGACAGAGCACUGGGGGUGAGGCGGACCUGGAUACGAUUAAGGGACUGAUAGAGGACACUCUGUUCAGCACUCAGCCAGCCAUGGUGCUCAACCUCAGGACUUGUGCAUCCAGUCAUUUGGCCCCUAUGGACCAUCUAACGGUGGGAUCAAACUCUGUAUCCCAGAGUGUCUUGGUGCAAGGGCUACUGCUCCAGCAGCUCGGGGCAACCUUAAGCAAAGGACUGCAGUCCAGAUCAGGGGAGCUAUGCUGUGUCAUAAGCCUGGACCAACCCUCCACAGAGAGGACAACCUGCUUCCUGCCUGUGCCCAGCAACCCCAACACCCCACUGGAAUGGAGUGAAGUCGUUACUUUGGAGCUGGGUCCAGAAACCAAAGAGCUGAGAAUAAGACUUAUGGAGCGGAACGGCAAAAGGGAACAAUUCUUUCCUGGCUAUGCCUCCAUCGCAUUGGAUCCACGGGGCAAGGCUCCCACUGGACAACAUAUAAUGUCAAUAAGCCCUGGGCACGGCUUGGCACCAUAUGCUACCAUCACAACAGAGCUGCUGUAUGUGGAAACAGAGGAGCCUCACGGCACCCACAAUGCUUUGCCACUUCGUUCCUCGCUCACUCCCACCAAGAAAGUCGACGUGGACCGAACCAUCAUGCCAGACGGAACCGUUGUCACCACUGUGACAACCGUCCAGUCUCGACUUAAACUUGAACGCAGUCCAGGUGAUUCUCCUUUGUGUUCACCGUCCAAAGUGGAGGUGACUGAGAAGAAACCCACUUACUUGUCUGAUGGCAGAGGCGGCGUCAGCCCCAAUCUGAGCAAGAGCAGCCGCCUUUCUAAUGGCCUGGAUCCUGUUGCAGAGACCGCCAUUCGGCAGCUGACAGAGUCCGCCUCCAAAGUAGCACGGAAGACGCCAACAAAAAGGAGCACACUGAUCAUCUCGGGCGUGUCAAAGAUUCCGCUCUCAGAAGAUGACUGUGCAUUAUCGAGCGGCUACGCUGCAGCCAUGGAUGCAGCUAUGCAUGACAACCAUUUCGGGUUGGGGCAUCACCAAGACCCAGAUGAAACCACACCCUCCGAUGUGUCAGAGCGUCCAUCUGUGGAUGAUGUGGAAUCAGAUACUGGUUCUACGGGUGCCUUGGAAACCCGCAGCCUCAAGGACCAUAAAGUUGGCUUUCUGCAGAGUGGAUCAAAGCUGUUGUUCCGCAGAAGACAUCGAGAGAAGGAGUCCUGCCUCAGCCAGUCCCAUGAAGACAUCUCCAACAUGGGAACUAACUUUGCUGCUGCCGCAGCUGGCAGCCGUAAGAAGUCUGGCAGCUUCUCCCGGCGUCUCAUCAAACGAUUCUCAUUCCGUUCAUCAGGCAAAUCAAAAGGCAAAGGCACUGCUGCAAAUGGAGGAGCAACCUCGCUGGAUAACUGAUCACCAUUGCUAGGUUGGGACACGGGUCAUCCUGGCUUAAUAGGAUUGUUUCAUGGCCUCUGUUAUUACUAUCAGAAGAACAUUUAAACCUUGCAAGAGUCCAGUCUUUGACAGAUUGUCACCUGACUGUAGCUCAUGUGAAUGCAUUUCAGUUUGCUAUUGAAAACUUCAACCAACCAGGAUCACUAGCAGACUCUUCAAGCUGUGCAAGAGUUUAAACUUUUUCAGGUUGUUUGUGUCCCCUGUUAACUCCAAUAAGUAAAAAAUGUAUCAAUUUAUCCGCUUAUGGACAUCUUAUUAUUGCAAUAACUAUCACUACAAAAGCAUAUUGUGUAACGUUUAGAGGCAUAAUCACAAUGUAUUUCUUUUGAAAUCUCACAUGAGUGACAACACUGCAAUAAUGCAGCAGUUUUUGGAGGUCUCAAGGACACAUUCAGAGACUCUGCUGGGGCAUUGCGAGCAACAAGAUUAUCAAAGUUUAUGACAAUGUGAUGGGUGGAGUGGAUGUACUCAGGGCUACAAAUGAAUUGAUGUUAGCAUCUAAAGAUAUGAGGAAACCUGCUGCAUCUUUCAAAGGCAAACAAAACCAGUAUGUAAAAAUGUACAUACAUUUUUGCCCAUUUGUGUUUUGUCAGAGAACAUGAAAAAUCUUUUUAACUGACUGCAUUAAUUAUGAGAAGAAGAGAACAGGAACAACCAAAUUAAAUCAUUUUGUUGUACUUUUCAUGUUUAUUUGCAUCAGUGAAAAAUGUUCAGAUGUUAAAAGGGAUCAUGGAGCCAACGCUGACUGAAGGACUCUAAUGGACAUGUACCAUGUGAUUUACAAAACUAUAGCCAAUUUAAAAUGCUGAAGAAAUGAACAGAAGCCACUUCGUUGUCUAAAGGCACACUAGAUAUAGCUGGAAUGUGAAACAACAUGGCUGUAAAAUUUAAGAUAUAUGUGGAUGUAUGUGUUAUAUUUAAACUUUAAUUUAUUUCAAAUAAAUUAUUUUUGAA